AAUUUGAUUCAGUCGUACUUUUGCAACCUGAAGCAAACUUACCCAUGAUCCACCAUAGUAUAAAAACACCAAAAAUGUGAGUGGGAUUACUAAAAAUAAAAGAGAGACGAAAUUAGCGGGAACAUGUUCAAAUAGUGAGACCCUCCAAAGAAGACGGAGUUAUUCCAACGGUCAAAGCCUCCCUUCCCCCUGCCCUUUGACUUCCAAAAACAAGCCCACAACAAAGUUCAGGGUGGUGGUCAACAGCAAACAUACCAUCCCCAAAAUUCCCAAAGGGAAGCCACUCAAAACACUUUUUUGUUUUUUGUCCAAAAAAAAAAACCCUCAAAAAAAUGUUUUGUUUUUGACAGUUUUCCGUCGGAAUUUCAGUUUUCCUUUUUGAUCCGUUUCGGCAGUUUUGAGAUUGAAUCAUCUCUGUUUUUCUUGGUUUUUUUUAUUUAUAUAUAUUUUUUUUACGAUGGUUUCUCUCUUCUAUAUGUAUAAUUAUUAAGAGGUUCGUGGAAAUUUAGCUCUCUUUAUUCUUUUUCUGCUUGGAUUACAAUGGACAUUGCUGAAAUUCUAUUGGAUUUCUAAGAAUCCAAUAGAAAUCAGCGUUUGUCCAAUUUAAAUCCCUCCUGUCUCCAAGGAUUUUCAUAUCAGUUUUCUGCAGCAUACCCACAUCGUGACGCAGUUUUCAAAACUUGAAUGGAUCAAUUCCGCCAAGUGGGAGAGGUUUUGGGAGGAAUCAAAGCACUUAUGGUAUUGAAAAAUGAUAUUUCAAUCAAUCAGAGACAAUGUUGUUUGCUGCUCCAAAUCUUCGAAUUGGCAUUCGAAACAAUUUCAGAGGAGAUCAAACAAAACCUCAAACUAGAAGAGAAGAACACAAAAAAGUGGAAAGCUCUUGAACACCCUCUAAGAGAGCUUCAAAUGAUCUUCAAAGAAGGCGAACUUUACAUCCGAUAUUGUUUGGACAUCAAAGACUGGUGGGGCAAAGCGAUCAGCCUCCAUCAGAACAAGGAUUGCAUCGAGUUUCACAUCCACAACCUUCUCUGUUGUUUCACUGUUGUCAUUGAGGCCAUCGAAACUGCUGGUGAAGUCUCGGGUCCUGACCAGGACGAUAUGCAGAAAAGGCGACAAAUGCUCAUGAGAAAGUACGAUAACGAGUGGAACGAUCCUAAAAUCUUCCAAUGGCAAUAUGGGAAGCAAUACUUGGUUCCUCGAGAGGUAUGCAAUCGGUUGGGGAGCGCUUGGAGGGAAGACCGAUGGCUGCUUGUUGAAAAAAUGAGGGAGAAGAGAAGCUGGACGCCUGCAACAAUGUUGAAGCAUGAGCAGAGGCUAGCAGACCUACUGAUCAAGAAAAUCAAUGGGUUGGACCUACUAAAGGGUAAGUUUUUGCCAGCUUGGAUCUUGCUUGGAGCAAGGGAUUACCAUGUGAGGCGGCGAUUAGGAUUGGGAGGAAGCCAUUACAAGGAGAUUCAAUGGUUGGGGGAGAGUUUUGCUUUGAGAAAUUUCUUUGGGGAUGUCACUGAACAGCUUCAAAAUGAGAUGUCUUUUGUCCAAUCUCUCUCGCACCCCAACAUUAUGCAAUACCUUUGUGGGUUUUAUGAUGAGGAGAGGAAAGAGGGGUUUCUUGUUAUGGAGCUGAUGAACAAGUGUCUUGGCACUUACAUCAAAGAGAAUUGCGGCCAGAAAAAGCGGCUUCCAUUCUCUCUCCCAGUUGCAGUCGAUAUCAUGCUGCAGAUCGCGAGAGGGAUGGAGUAUCUACACUCUCAGAAGAUCUGGCACGGAGACUUGAACCCGUCUAAUAUCCUCCUCAAGGUGAGGAAUUCCUCUCAAGAAGGUUAUUUUUACACCAAAAUUAGGGGUUUUGGCUUAACCUCCAUUAAGAGAACUUCACGAAGUCACUCAAACCAAAGUGGAGAAGACCCUGUGAUAUGGUAUGCCCCAGAAGUUCUAGCCGAGCAAGAACAGCAAAGUGGUAAAUGUAGUUCAAAAUACACAGAGAAAGCCGAUGUCUAUAGCUUUGGGAUGCUUUGUUUUGAGAUUCUGACUGGUAAAAUCCCAUUCGAAGAAGGCCAUCUUCAAGAAGACAAGAUGGGUCGGAACAUAAGAGCCGGUGAGAGGCCUCUCUUCCCUUACACUUCACCCAAGUACCUUGUGAGUUUGACCCGAAAAUGCUGGCAGGCCAACCCAAUCCAGCGCCUAAGUUUCUCAGCAAUAUGUCGGAUUUUGCGGUACAUCAAGAAGUGCCUUGUGAUAAACCCAGAUCACGGUAAUCCAGAAUCCCCUCCCCCACUUGUCGAUUACUGCGAAAUAGAAGCCGAGUAUUCGCGAUUGUUCCCUAGAGAUGAGAAUAUAGAUUUGACACCGGUCUCUCAAAUUCCUUUUCAAAUGUUCUCAUACAGACUUGUUGAGAAAGAGAAGACUUUUAGCAGCUUCAAAGAUCGGAUUUGGGAUUGGGGGGAUGAGAAUGGACUUGUAACUGAAGAUCCCUUCUUGGUACCGAUGGAUCAAAGGUCAGUUUAUUCCGAGGUUCAAGAGAGGAAAAGUUUAGCAAGAAUUGGAGCUGAUCAAAGGUCAGUUUGUUCUGAGACGCCCAGGAGGAGAAUUUCAUCGAAAACAGCAGCUGAUCAAAGGUCACUUCGCUCUAACUUUCAUUUGAGGAAAAUUGAUCAAAUGUCAGCUGGUUCUUUGACUCCUGAUAGAAAGUUUUUGUCAACAGCAGCAGAUGAUCAACAUUCAAUAGAUUCUGACAGUCCAGAGUGGAUAAAAAAUUUAGCAGAUGAUCAACGGUCAGAGUGUUCUGAGGCUUCACAGAGAAAAUUGACAUCGUCAACACCUGAUCAGAUCUCGGGCCAUUUGGAGGCUGCUGAGAGAAAAAUUCCGUCAGCAACAACCACCGAUAAAAAAUCUGUCGCUUAUGGAACUCUAGAGAGGAAAAUUAUUUCAUCGACAAUAACAGCAAAUCAGUAUUCCAAGAUGAUACAUAGCAGAACCAUGCCAAAAGCAGCAAGUGACAAAACUUAUUCUGUGAUUCCAGAGAAGAAAACUUUGUCAAGAACAGUAAGCGACUUGGGUUGUUAUAAGAUUCCAAAAAGGAAAGCUUUGCCACCAAUAGCAUCGGAAUCAGACUACUCAUCAAUUUGUUCAGAGAGUCCAAAGAAUAAAAUAUUAUCAAAAAAAUCAAGUGACCAAAGGCCUCGCUCUGAGGUUCCAGAAAGAAAAGUUUUGGCAAAGAAGAAAGUAGCAGUUGCAAAAACCAACCAAAGUCCAGGGGUGCAAAAAACAGUCUCUCCAAGAUCAUCACCAAUGAGGACAACAAAAGGACAUUCCCUAAGAUCAUCACCAAUGAGGACACCAAAAUGUUUAACAAAAUCAUCAGCACUGAAUCCAUCGUCUGUUUGUUGUUCAAGGAUGAACCAAGAGAGCCAGGUACAACCCGGUAUGAGCCUAUGUAGACAUCACUGUUCAAAGAUGAAUCGAGAGUGCCAAGUCCAACUGGGUAUGAGCCCAUGUAGACAGCAAAGAAGUCAAGUCUCUAACACGGAAUAGCAUAGUUCAUCUUCUAUCUUGGCAUUAACCAGACAGCCAUGGGACUCUACACAACUUCUAUACAAGCUGUCGGUUCAACAAAAAUGAAUGCAACAAUUUGGAUUUGUUUUACGUUAGGGGUAGUUGAAACUGCAUGCUUGUCUGAAACUCUAUUGAAGAAUCUUAUUUUGUUAGGAUCACACAAUUUUCUCCAGGGGCAUUUUAACCAUAGAGUACAGGGAUGUUAAUUAUGUUUAUCAUUCUUCAAAAGCAUGUAAUACACAGUUUUUUCCCAGGCUGCAAAGGUUCCAAUGAUUCCA